AUGGAUGAUUGCUUAUCAAUCGAAGAGAUUCUUCCAGGAAUGAAGUCUUGGUCAGCGAAAAUAAUUGUUCAAGAAAAACGUCAACCUGCUACAGCAAGUGCUUCGCCGACUAGAUAUCAGAAAUUAAUCUUUGUCGAUGCAAAGGGAUCUCAAGUUGAAGGAAUUCUCUUCAAUCAUGCCAUUCAAGUUAUGGGGCCACGUCUCACUGUUUUCAAAAGAUACAAAAUCUCAAAUGCUGAAGUUCGGCUUAUUGAUGAAAAAUACAGAACUGAUGGCUUAACUACUCAAUGGGUCAUUUCCACCAAAACUGUUGUAGAAGAGCUGCCUGAUGAUACUGAUAUGAUGCCUACAAGAUUCUCCUACACUAUGUUCAAAGAUCUUGCACAGUUUAUGGAGCAAAAGAACCAAUUUGUUGAUAUCCUAGCUGUGGUUAUUUCUGUAUUACCAGUGACUUCUUUCACAAACGAAUUUGGAACUGGAAGAGUACAAAAGUUUGUAGUCAUUAAUGAAGAGAAGCUACCUCUCCAACUAUCGCUAUUUAAUGAAUUCAUCGAUAAUGAAGGCCAGAAAAUUGCUGAGAACAUGAACAAUUUUCCAGUUAUAGUUUGCAGAAGGCUAAAGGUCAAGCCUUUUAAUGGGAUUGCUUUGUCUACUAGGAAGGACUCAACUAUCUUGAUUGAUCCACCCAUUCAAGAGGCUAUGCUGCUAAAAAAUUGGUGCCGCUUUGAUGUUAUCCUUUCUGAUAAAAGUGGAAGAGUGACUGCAACUUUGUUUGGUGAUUUAGCCGAAAAACUUUUAACUUAUUCUGCCUUGGAUGCAAUGCAGUACUUUCACAAAAACAUUGAGCUUCCAUUAAUGCAUGUUCACGAAGCUUUACGGGCUAAAGAAUUUGCAGUUCAAAUUCAACCAGCUGCCAGCCAUUAUGGAGAUCCUCAGCAACGCUAUACAAUUCUUCACUACUACGAGUCAAAUUUUGCUGAAGCUUCAACCCAGCAAACUAUUGAAUCUCCUGGUUCUUUCUUGCUAGAAUCUCCCCUGCAGAUUCCAACUGCUGAAACACAGGAUGCGCAGAGUCCUAUCACAAGUGUUCAGAUUAAUCUAGCAAGCAAAUUUGAUGAAGCAGCCACGCCUCAAGCAAACAGCCCAGAGACUAGCCCUGAACUUAUCUCUGCAUCUAAAAAACCAAAACUAGCUUAA